UUCCCAAGAUUCUCAAAAGCUUUCCAACUGAGAUCAGGAAAGUGAAAGAAAGAACUAAAGGAGAGGAAAACUCCAGAAGAAGGCGAGGCAACAAAAGGUGCCUUUCUUGAAGCUGAAUUUCCUGAAUGGAUUGGAAGUAAAAUUAUAUUUGAAGAGCAGCAGCAUCUGAUUACUAUCGCAAUGAGAGGACUGAUGAACAUAGAGAACACAUUACUUUCCAGUAUGAGUGUUUUUAUUUUUAUUAAACUGCCUAGAGACAUUAUAUUCAGAAGAUCAUCUCAUAGGUUUCUUUGUCUUAGGAAUGAUCGCUCCAGGUCUGAAUCCGAAAAGGAAAAUAGCAUUUUAAUAGAUAAGCUGACAGUUAUGGGCGUGGAUCUCAAAAUGGUAAGAAAACGACAACCUGGUGUCCUCAGGAGGCAAAUUACCAAUGAAGAUGGCCUUAAGAAUUUUUUGAAAGCUAAAGGGGUGAACGAAGAAGCUGUCGCUGGUAUAAUUUCACGUUACCCUCGUUCCAUCAUUCGCUCAUACCAGUCUCUCAAAGAACGUUGGGAAAUAUGGCAGAGUAUUUUAAUGAGCGACUUGGAAAUUGUACAGAUCCUGAAACGCUCCCCCGAGUCCUUUUUUCGUUCGGGAAAUAAUACGAACAUGCAGAAAAAUAUUACCCUCUUUUCUUCUAUUGGACUGACUUCAAAGGAUCUUGGCAAGAUGCUGACCCGAGUUCCCAGGGUGUUUUCUAAUAGUAUAGAACUUAACGAACAGAUUAUACAUUUGCUGAAUGAGAUCUAUAUCGAUCUUGGAGGUGAAAAUGCAGAUCAUUUUGUAAAGGAAAUAAUUUCUAGAAACCCAUUCAUCCUUUUACGGAGCAGCAAGCAAGUAAAAGCGAACAUCCAGUUAUUGCAGUCAUCCUUUAAUCUGGAUAAUGAAGAAGUAUUGACACUGUUACAUGGUCAAGGAGGUGAUGUACUGGAUCUUUCUAAUGAGUACCUUAAAAAAACUCUUGCAAAUGUGAAAGAGAAACUGUUGUCUCAUGAAUGCACUGAACAAGAGGUGAACGUGUUUGUCCUGAAGCACCCUCGCAUUCUGUACCUUUCUUCCCAGAACUUGAAUGACAAAAUUGAUCUCCUCUUACAGGCCAGUAUUAGCCUUCAGCAAGUACUGAGAAGCCCUCUCGUUUUUGACAAAAACAUUGACACUAUAAGAAGUCGAAUUUGUGAGUUGGAAAAAGUAAAUUUUAAUUUUGAGACCCACGGGAUUGGAAUUCUUGCAUUGAGUAAACAACGAUUUGAAGCUAAGAUGGAAAAGUUGCAGUGUGCAUAAAAAUAAUAAAUAAAAUAAUAA